GCCGAGGAGGGGACAGCGCCGUUCGUCAGCUUCAGGCUUCCCCCGGGCUCGGCGCGGGGGCCCCCCGGAGCGGAGUGGGGACCGGCCCGCCCUCCCCCAUCGCCCUGCCGCCUCUCCGGGCCAGCAACGCGGCCGCCACGGCCCACACGAUUGGCGGCAGUAAGCACACCAUGAAUGAUCACCUGCACAUCAGCAGCCACAGCCACGGACAGAUCCAGGUUCAGCAGCUGUUUGAGGACAACAGUAACAAGCGGACCGUGCUCACGACACAACCAAAUGGGCUUACAACAGUGGGUAAAACAAGCUUGCCAGUGGUGCCAGAGCGGCAGCUGGAGAGCAUUCAUAGACGGCAGGGGAGCUCCACCUCUCUCAAGUCCAUCGAAGGCAUGGGAAAGGUGAAAGCCACACCCAUGACACCCGAACAAGCAAUGAAGCAAUACAUGCAAAAACUCACAGCCUUCGAACACCAUGAGAUUUUCAGCUACCCUGAAAUAUAUUUCUUGGGUCCAAACGCAAAGAAGCGCCAGGGCAUGACGGGCGGGCCCAACAACGGUGGCUACGAUGAUGACCAGGGAUCGUAUGUGCAGGUGCCCCAUGACCAUGUGGCUUACAGGUACGAGGUCCUCAAGGUCAUUGGGAAGGGGAGCUUUGGGCAGGUGGUCAAGGCGUACGAUCACAAAGUCCACCAGCACGUGGCCCUAAAGAUGGUGCGGAACGAGAAGCGCUUUCACCGGCAGGCGGCCGAGGAGAUCCGCAUCCUGGAGCACCUGCGCAAGCAGGACAAAGACAACGCCAUGAACGUCAUCCACAUGCUGGAGAACUUCACCUUCCGCAACCACAUCUGCAUGACCUUUGAGCUGCUGAGCAUGAACCUCUAUGAGCUCAUCAAGAAGAACAAAUUCCAGGGCUUCAGCCUGCCCUUGGUCCGCAAGUUUGCCCACUCGAUUCUGCAGUGCUUGGAUGCUUUGCACAAAAACAGGAUCAUUCACUGUGACCUUAAGCCCGAGAAUAUUUUGUUAAAGCAGCAGGGUAGAAGUGGCAUCAAAGUGAUCGAUUUUGGCUCCAGCUGCUACGAGCAUCAGCGUGUCUACACGUACAUCCAGUCGCGCUUUUACCGGGCUCCCGAGGUGAUUCUGGGGGCCAGGUACGGCAUGCCCAUCGACAUGUGGAGCCUGGGCUGCAUUCUGGCAGAGCUCCUGACGGGCUACCCCCUCUUGCCUGGGGAAGACGAAGGGGACCAGCUGGCUUGUAUGAUUGAGCUGUUGGGCAUGCCCUCCCAGAAACUGCUGGAUGCAUCCAAACGAGCCAAAAAUUUCGUGAGCUCCAAGGGUUAUCCCCGUUACUGCACUGUCACGACUCUCUCUGACGGCAACGUGGUCCUCAAUGGAGGCCGUUCCCGGAGAGGGAAGCUGAGGGGUCCACCCGAGAGCAGAGAGUGGGGGAAUGCACUGAAAGGGUGCGACGAUCCCCUCUUCCUUGACUUCUUAAAACAGUGUUUGGAGUGGGAUCCUGCCGUGCGCAUGACCCCGGGCCAGGCUUUGCGGCACCCCUGGCUGAGAAGGCGGUUGCCCAAGCCUCCGACCGGGGAGAAGACCUCAGUGAAGCGGAUAACCGAGAGCUCUGGUGCUAUCACGUCGAUUUCCAAGUUACCUCCACCUUCCAGCUCAGCGUCCAAACUGAGGACUAAUUUGGCACAGAUGACAGAUGCCAAUGGGAAUAUUCAGCAGAGGACAGUGUUGCCAAAACUCGUGAGCUGAGCUCCAGUCCCCUGAUGCUGGUAAUCUGAAAGAUACGAAGUUGCUGAGCCUUACUGGGUUGAAGAGGAGUAGCUCAGACCUGUUUUUAUUUGUUCAAUAACUAUUCAUUUGUAUCUUUUCAGCACUUAAUUUUAAUGUAAGAAAGUUGUCUGUUUUGUUUUUAUAAAAAUACAUGGGGACAAUGCUUUAAGUUUUUAUACUUUCUGAAACUGUUUUUUUCUUUUGUGUGUGUUUUCCAAGUACGAUGAGCCUUACUGUAUUUCGUGUGGCAGAGGAAUCACAUCAGUGGCAGGCCAUUGAUUAAUUCAUGACUGCCGCGCAUCUGCAGAUCGGUGGCACAGACAUUGACCAUGCUGUUUUUGGUUCAUAACAUAUUCUCCCCAAGGUGAUGGCUCCAAAGGCCCUCUUCCUCUCCCCGUGCCCAGAGACAGCACGUCCUGCUUCCGUUUUCCAUAUAUCUGGGUGGCAGCGGUGGUGGGGGGAGGUGGGUGGGUCAGGACAGAAAUGAUACUGUUUUUUAAGAGUGCACCUUAGAGAUUUAUUUUUGCCCCCCUGAGGUGGCUCCCAGAUACAAAACCAGAUCCCCCAGGUUUAAAUUUCCCAGUUAGCAGUCUGACACUCAGAAAGCCAGCAGAGCAGCCUUUACUGCAUGAACAGAAAUGGAAAUGCCUGUUCCUCCCAGUUCACUGGUGUGAUUGGCGUGCUGUUUGGUCAAGAAGCCUCGUGUCACAGAAUUUGUCUGGCACCUAAAUUUAGACAUGUAUCCCACGACCGUCCCCCACUUCCCUUUUUGAUUUUCUCCUCUCUGUUCCUCUUUCACUACACAUCUGUCGCCUGCAUCUAGUUGGGUCUUCUUCCCUCAACUGUAUGCCCUACAGUACAGGAGAGACAUUUCAGCUGUGAGGACGGCCAUCAUUUCAUUUGUAAAAAGAACAGCAGCCUAGCUACUUAGGGUGGGGAUUUGCGCGGUUGCAAAGGAGAUUGGGCAGAUUAGGGUGAGUUCACACUGUUCAGGUGCCACAGUCAGGUUCUCUUAGCCUGGGAAAAUAUCAGCUCAUUCUUCAAAAAGAGAGUUGGAAAUCCUCUUGAUGAACAGAAGUCACUGUGGCUGUCCAGGGAGGCCAAUUUUAACAACACAUUUCACGGAGGAAAAGUUCAACCUCAAGUUAAAUGGUUUGACUUGCUCUUUGCGUCACUAGAAGAACCACAGAGAUGGCAUUCCUCUCUUUUUAUUUUGCUUUCGUUUGGAUUGCACUGAUUGCUUUUGUGGGAAUGACACUUUACCUGGAAAAGUAACUGAGAGCUAGGGAAAAGAAUAUUUUCUUCUCUGAAUAAUAAUUAUUUUCACAGUGAAAAUUUCAGUAUUUUAUCACUAAUGUAUGAGCAGUGAUAUAUAUAUAUAUAUCAAUUUCAAGGCACGUGGACAAAAUUUUUUAGUAUGUGCAAUUUAAUCUAGAAAGAUUUCUGCCUGUUUGGACAAUAGGUUUUGGGUAGUAUAAAUUAGGGUAAGUAAUAUUUUAUAUGCACAGAUAUUAUUGUAUUGCCUGUAAAUUGACUAAUAAGUACUUAAAGCAUGGUCCCCAGUGAGGCCAAGAAAGUUUCCGGUUAAGUUCUUUCCUGAUCUUAUUCCUACAUUUUCUCUUUUUUAAAAAAGAAAAGUAGUUUUGAAUGAAACACUUUACUUAUCUUGAGGCUUUGUUGGUUAAUGGUGGGGAAAAAAAUGCUCAGGAAAUAUUUCAGAUAUUUGCCAAAAAAACAAUAAUAUUAGCUUAUUAAUAAGAUGAUAUUGAUACUUGCUUUACUAUUUAAAGGUGUCACAGAUAAAUUAAUUUGUACCCCAGUAUUUAGAAAUGAUUGCUUCUUUCCCUUUGUCAAAUUCUUUAGCAUAUUGUACUCAUUUCUGUGUGACCUGUGGAAGUGCAAUAAUAUGUUACGAAGUCGCAUUUUAACUGAUGCUCACAUCAGGAUACCCCCCAGUCAGUGGCUACAGAAUUUCAAGAUCUGUGUAUUUAUUACUUAAAAGGUAUAAGAAGUGUUAAGAAUUGGUUUGGUGGCUUUGUAAAACCAGGAGCCUCUUAAUGAUUAUUAGUUUCUUUAGGUCAUUAAAAUACAUAAAACCAUAUCAAAGGCCAUUUCCCCCUCACAGUGCUCCUCUUCCAUUUCCAUAUUUAGGUUUAAAUGCGUGAACUUGAGCUGCCAUUAUUAAUUUCCCUGUAAAGUGAUUCUACAUGUGCACACACUUGUCUUUCCCCUGCCACCUGGAAUGUUCUUAAGAUGCCAGCAGUGCAUUUCUGUCUGCAUUCACAGAUGCAACCGGAAACUUUUAAGCCAAACUACGAUGUGCAGCGCUAUGGGGCUUUUUUUUUUCUUUUUUUUUUCUUUUUUGGUCCAAAUACAGUGAGAUUUCCUCUAUUCACAAGAGCUGCCACAUUUCGGUAUCUAGUAAUAGAGCUGCUUAAAGGAAAAAUUCUAGCUUGAUUGUAAUGUCAAUAAAGGAAAGAUGUUGCAUCUUAUGUGAUUUUAAACCAUAAAUAGAUGAAGGGCUCUGAUAGGCUACUAGGAGUUGGCUUGGAAACAGUCCUUGGUCUCACAGGUUACCAUUGUCUAGGGAUGUCUGAGCUGUUUUCAGAUUUAGGACUAGCACAGUGUUGUCUUGUCUUUGGUUGCAGUCUCAUUUGGCUCUGUUUCUUGCACCACCAGAGUGUUCAUUAUCACUUUAAAGUGUAUUGCUACAACGGUGGAACAACAGCGUGAUGCAAGACAGUGCAGAUUAACAGUAGAGGAGAAAUCGUGCCCUUAGUGUUAACAAUGUGCCUUUUGUUCUGAAUGCCAUGUUGUAGGGCAUGCAUUUUUUGGCCUCUUUAACUCUUUGAAUACUAGGCAGUAAGGAUGGGACCCACCUCUGCAAAGAUACAUCUGUCUUAAAUAUCUAGUUCCAGGCCUUAAUAGAAACCAUAAGGCAUGAAUCAUCAUCAGGCACUGAAAAGAUAACCAUCGGUUAGUUACACAGGGAAUUCCUAUGUUUUAAGGGGUUAAAGAUGGUCUUUGUUGUAUCUUAACAUCAAACUGAUUUUUUAAAUGAUAUUUUUUUUGUUAUGCUAACACUAGACAAAAAUCAACUGUAUUUGUAAAAAUUUACCUCAAAUGAUUUAAUUUUAUAGUCUGAUUAAUCCCAGGGCAUUUGGUAUGAACCAAAGUGCAUUCCUUUUCUAUGUGCCUGGCUCUAGUAAGGGUGGCCAGGGAUUUUUACAAUUUGGGUGCAAGGCACUUAAGCCACUUUUAAACUUAAUGGGUGGUUUGGAGUCACAUUAAAUGACUCCAUUGGAAUGUUAGGAAACACUUUAGGCAUCAGUAGCAUUGGGCCAUAUUGGAAUCUUAAAAUAAAAGUGUGAAUUAUUUUAAAGAGAGCAUUCAUUUUUGUAAUUUUUUUCAUCAAGAAUAUUUCUGGUAAGCAGAAGACUUUUUAAAAACCUGAUUUGGUUGGUAAAGGUUUUAAUAUUGCCCAACAUAAUGCUGUGGUAGCAUUUAAAAAAAAGUAUUCGUGAACUCUUUGUUUCUUAGGGGCUUGUACAUCUCUCUGCUAUGGACAUAUAUAAAAUUCAUUGUAAUUAUACUCAGCUCAACUGCUACAGUUAUGUCUAGGCAGGGGCUUGGGUUUUUAUCGAGCAACAACUUAGACAUGUGACUGUAAUAUGCUGCAACUGUGUGUACUGAAAACAUGUGAAAAUGGUCGAAUGUGGACUGUGUACAUAUGUAUGUAAACAUUUCUGUGAGAUGCUGCUGUCGCCACUUAACAUGGAAUAUGUUCUAGUGGAUUUCAAUCCUAGUGGCCAGUUCUAUGAUACUGUAUGUAUUGUACAGCUGAUGACAGGAGUAAGACUGUUUAGUGAAUAUUUGUUAAAAUUUAUUGUUGUGGCCAGAGAUAAUUUCAGAAUAAAAUUUUAAUGUCCUACCUUA